AUGCCCCCAAUCGGACAAAGGGCAUAUCCAAAACGCCAGCUUGGCAAAUGGCAGAUCUUUGUAGGUGUCUCACUCUUCGAGACGCACCGGCUGGCCGUUAACAGACCACAGUUCAUUGCACUAGGUGGCAUCAUAGGCGUUGGCUUCUUCCGUGGCAGCUCCAAAUCACUGGCGACAUGCGGGCCCAUCGGUGCACUGAUUGCCGUUCUGGUCGUGGGCGUUGUUGCCAUCUCCGUCAUGGAAUGCAUAUCCGAGCUAGUCAUCCUGUGGCCAAUACCAAACGCCAUGGUCGAAUAUGUGAAGGCCUUCGUUGAUGAGGAUCUCGGUACUGCCAUCGGCGUGAUGUACUGGUGA